AUGAGUACUGAAGCCAGCCGUGGAAACCCAGAGAACCAAACCUCCAUCGAAGAGUUCAUUCUCCUGGGAUUCUCCGACCAUCCUGAAUUGCAAGUACUUUUCUUCCUGGUCUUCCUCGUCCUUUAUACGGUGACCUUGAUGGGGAACCUGCUCAUCCUCCUCCUUGUUACCGCCAGCCGCCCCCUCCACACCCCCAUGUACUUUCUCCUUGGCAAUCUGUCCUUCGUCGACGUGUGCUACGUGUCCGCCACCAUCCCUCAGAUGCUCGCAAACUUCCUCCGAGAUGCAAAGACCAUCUCCUAUGCCGGGUGCAUGGCCCAAAUCUUCGCCCUCGUUUCGUGUGUCGGCUCGGAGUGCAUCCUCCUCGCGGCGAUGGCUUACGACAGAUACGUAGCCAUAUGCCAUCCGCUACUCUAUACGGUCAUGAUGAACAGGAAAGUCUGUCUCCAGAUGGUGGCUGGGUCUUGGGCAGGUGGUUUCCUGAACUCCCUCCUCCACACCCUCCUGGCGUCUACCUUGUCCUUCUGUGGGCCCAAGGAGAUCCGCCAUUUUAUGUGCGACGUCCCCCCGCUCUUGGAGCUCUCCUGCUCCGACACCGCCCUGAAUAAUGCUGUCCUUCACACAGCCAGUAUUUUCAUCGGGAUCAGCCCCUGCGUAUUCAUCGUCGUCUCCUACGUCUUCAUCACUUUGGCCAUCCUUCGGAUUCGCUCAGCCGAGGGUAGGCACAAGGCCUUCUCCACAUGCACGUCCCACCUCACGGUGGUCAUCACUUUCUUUGGCACAGCCCUGUUCAAUUACAACCGGCCCAACGCCGGCUAUUCGCUGCAGGUGGACACCCUGGUCUCAACUCUGUACUGUAUCGUCACGCCCAUGUUGAACCCCAUCAUCUACAGUCUGAGGAACCAGGAUGUGAAGGCUGCCAUAAGGAACCUGGCUGGCAGAAAACGGAGUGUCUUCUAG